ACCCGCGGCGCCCCCGCCCGCGGCCCCUCGCGCGCCGGCUCCGGGCUUGCCGGCAGCGGGAGCGGCCUCAAGAUGGACGAAGACGGCGGCGGCGGCGGCGGCGGCGAGGGCGGCGUGCCCGAGGACCUCUCCUCAGAAGAGCGGGAGGAGCUGCUAGACAUUCGGCGAAGGAAAAAGGAGCUUAUUGAUGACAUCGAGAGACUGAAGUACGAGAUCGCUGAGGUCAUGACCGAGAUCGACAACCUGACGUCAGUGGAGGAGAGCAAAACGUCUCAGAGGAACAAGCACAUCGCCAUGGGACGGAAGAAGUUCAACAUGGACCCCAAGAAGGGCAUCCAGUUCCUGGUGGAGAAGGGCCUGCUGCAGAGCGCGCCGGAGGACGUGGCGCAGUUCCUGUACAAAGGGGAGGGCCUCAACAAGACCGUCAUCGGGGACUACCUGGGGGAGCGGGACGAGUUCAACAUCAAAGUGCUCCAGGCUUUUGUCGAGCUCCACGAGUUUGCGGAUCUCAACCUCGUCCAAGCCUUAAGGCAGUUCCUGUGGAGCUUCCGGCUCCCCGGCGAGGCCCAGAAGAUCGACCGCAUGAUGGAGGCGUUCGCGUCCCGCUACUGCCUGUGCAACCCCGGCGUCUUCCAGUCCACGGACACGUGCUACGUGCUGUCCUUCGCCAUCAUCAUGCUCAACACCAGCCUGCACAACCACAACGUGCGGGACAAGCCCACGGCCGAGCGCUUCGUCACCAUGAACCGCGGCAUCAACGAGGGCGGGGACCUGCCCGAGGAGCUGCUGCGGAACUUGUACGAGAGCAUCAAGAAUGAGCCGUUCAAGAUCCCGGAGGACGACGGCAACGACCUGACCCACACGUUCUUCAACCCCGACCGCGAGGGCUGGCUCCUGAAGCUGGGGGGCCGCGUGAAGACCUGGAAGCGGCGGUGGUUCAUCCUCACGGACAACUGCCUCUACUACUUCGAGUACACGACGGAUAAGGAGCCGCGGGGGAUCAUCCCGCUGGAGAACCUCAGCAUCCGGGAGGUGGAGGACCCCCGGAAGCCCCACUGUUUCGAGCUUUAUAACCCGAGCCACAAGGGGCAGGUCAUCAAAGCCUGCAAGACGGAGGCGGACGGCCGCGUGGUGGAGGGCAACCACGUGGUGUACCGCAUCUCGGCCCCCAGCCCGGAGGAGAAGGAGGAGUGGAUGAAGUCCAUCAGAGCGAGCAUCAGCAGGGACCCUUUCUACGACAUGCUGGCCACGCGGAAAAGGAGGAUUGCCAAUAAAAAGUAGCUUUCCUCGCCUGAACAGGUAAAAAAAGUAAAAACCAAACCCCACGGCAGAGGGACCGGGCGAGGCAGCCCCGCGGGCUCUCCGAAGCCUUCAGGCGCCGCGUCUGCCGAGCGCCACCGAGCGUCCCUCCCGCAGCCCGCGGGCCUCGCGGCCGUGUCCACGCCCUCCUCGUGGUUCCCUGUGGCAGCGGCGCCUGGGAGUUGAGCCGUGACAGUCCACGCAGCGGACUCGGGCGCGAGGUCUGCCAAGGAACCUCGCUCGUACUCGUCGCCACACGUGCUCAUUCGUGGUGUUCACUGUUCUAGAAGCUUCUGUUUUAUAUCAAAACAGGAAAGAAAAGCUACCACUUUUUGAUUCAGAUUUUUUUCUCAGAUGCAUAGGACUAUAGCUUUUAUAUGCCUUUUUAUAUUCUGAAAUUAUGAAAGAUACUAAUAGUAGUAUUUUUAGAAUGGCAGCUAUAAACGUUACUCCCGCCACAAGUAUAUCCUGUGCACUGACAAGAAGCGAUGCAGACACUAUAUAGGCAGCAGCCGGGCAGGCACUGCGCUGGGGCGCCCUCAUCCCUCCUGGGACAGGGAGGGUCCGAUUCCCCGGGGACCUCUCAGCCCAGGCGUGGUGGCCCCCAGAUACUUUCUAAAAGGGCCCGUCAGCAAGAUUUAUGCUUGGGGGCAUUUGUCCCAUAACUGCUGAGCCCGGCGCAGAUCUCUGUGGAACCAGAUGAAGCUGCCCACGUUGGACCCCCACAAGCAGCAGUUUCAUUGGGUUCCACGGAACACGUGGUUGGUUCAGCCCGUGACCACUGUCUUCACUACUCAGAACCUAGGCAGGAAGGAGCUGGUGUCCCUGAUCUGUCAGCUGACCAGGUUGCUCAAUAGAAAGCGAAGGUCUGAGAGGAACUAGAAACACGCUCACGGCACGUUUCGGAGCUGGUCUGUCCCAUCGCGUGGGGGAGCGCGCGCUGUGGGGCGACGUGGCACCUCGGGUUUCCUGUCAACAGUGAAACCCCGGUGCGCGCUGCGGUGGACCUCGCGGACCCAGGACCGGGUGGUCCGGUCGCGUCAGGAUGCGUUGGCCGGGCCCCCGCACACCCCAGACCGGACCGUGGCGCACAGGCGGCGGGGCUGGCGCCGUGCUGGCUCUCCGGGGACACAUGCCUUUCUUUCCCUGGGGCUUCGUUCCCGUCACCAGGACGGCCUUGCACGGGCUGUUCUGGAGGUGGGUCCCUCCCCCACAAGCUCCUCCCCCUGCCCCGUCCGUCCGCGUGGGCUCACCCUGACCUUGCGCCCUUCAGCGGUCCUUCCUCCUGUGAAAGCCCAGUCGGCGAAGGAGGAGCUCGGACGGACCUCUGCACCAACGUGGAGACCCGGCGGCGGAGGAGCCUCCUGAGCGUGGCCUCGCUGAGGCUGGGUGGCCGCGGCCCGAGCCUCGAGCUGCCGAUGUGGACGUGGCUGUCAGUCGCACUAGACCGCAAAGGGCUGAGCCCGCGGCCCUCCGACAUGCAUCAGAUGGGCUUUUCCGGCUCGUCCCCGAGCUCCUCGCCUUGUUACUGUGCUGAUACCUCAGAUUCGAAGCUUUAGUUUUUGAGAAAGGCAAGUCUUCGUUCUCAAAAUGCCCAGCUGCUGCAUGUGCAACUCUGGCCUCAACACAGACGCGACAGCGCCGCCCCUCGGGCUGGCCCCACGCCCAGGACUGCCCGCCGCAUCGGUGUCCACGUGUGGACAUGGUCCUGUGGCCCAGGUAGGACCCUGGAGAGACAGGGCUUCUCUGUCGGGUGUGGCCUCGGCGGGGCUGGCGGAAGUGGAUGGGAAACCCUGGUGGGAUGUGUCUGGCCGUCCGUGCGGGGGGCUCGGUGCAGAAAGCCCUGGUGCUUAAAGCUGUGUGCUGCCUCAGUGCCAUGGGAAGCCGCCUAAUUCCAGGUUGUUGUGACAGUAUUAGCCUACAGGCACGUAGCCAUCACCCACUGAGCCCUCAGGCAGGCCUGGUCUGAAAAACGCACCAGACGCAGAGCUGGGCGGCCGGUGCCUGUAUGCUCAUGUUCAUCCUCCUGCUGCCCCCGCCCCCCGUGCUCAGUGCUGAACUACCCCCACUCUGGCCAAAGACAUGCUCCCCGAGACCCAGGGCCGGCGGCGAGGGUGCUGGGCAGACGCAGCACUCUCAGCCCACAGCCCCGGUUGGCGGGGGGCAGGGGCGCUUCUUUACUGGAGACCCAGACAAGCAAGCGUCCUGGGAUCACAGGACCAUUUUGAGCAGUUUGACGUGGUACCAAACUGAGUCCAAACAGAAGCUACGUGUCGGUGAAGCGAUGCCUGUUUCCCCAGUAAAGACGCACAGACCCACGUAGCUGCGCUUCGCCGAAGUGAGGUCUGGUGUAGACCAGAAGCCACGUGUGAGGUCUCGUUUUCUUAGAAGACAUUUCUAUUUACAGUAAAUAUCGUUAAUAUGUAAAUAAUGUACAUACAUGUUGAUUCCUGGAGUGUUUAUUCAAUGUAUAUACUCCCACAAUUUGCAUGAAGAAAUAUCCUACAUCAGUAUUUUGUUGUAAAUUGUAAAAUCAGAGGGUGUGUGGCUGCCAAAUACUAUGUUCACCGAAUAAAAGGAAAUCAUUGUUACAACAA